AUGCACUCCUCAGGUUUCGCCGGUGCGCCUGUGUCCCGCAGCCUCGUCCUGGGAAUCAUAGCCGCGUCCAUCUUGGUCUCCGUCACUGAUAUCAAAUACUACUUUUGGAUCCAAGUCGAUCCGCACUUCUGGAAGUAUGGUCAGCUCUGGCGCGCAUUUAUAUAUCAGCUCUGCUACACCAACUCGAGCGAGGUUCUCAUGGCCGCCAUGACGCUGUAUAGUCUUCGGGGCAUCGAACGGCUCUGGGGUUCGCGCAAAUUCGCCUCCUUUCUCCUCGUCCUCUUUCCUCUAACGGCGCUCCUGCCCCCAAUCAUACUCGCCCUGGUCAUCCGGCCCCUCUCAUUCAACAGAAUCAACUACCUCCCCGCGGGCCUCACUCCUCUUAUAUAUGCCCUCCUUGCGCAAUACUAUGCAGCCAUCCCUCACACAUACAAGUACCGCAUCGCUACGUCGCCUGCCCCGCCCGCCAAUGCGCCAUUUGUUGGCCUUACCUUCUCGGACAAGUCCUAUACCUAUUUAUUAGUAGGCCAACUUGCUCUGGCUCAGUUUCCGGGGUCAUUACUCGGAGCUGCGAUUGGGUGGGCGGUGGGAUAUCUCUGGCGGAAUGAAGUCUUGCCUAGAGUGAUGGUUUCCUGGCGCAUUCCAGGGUGGAUGGUUGGAAUUGCACCACAAAAGCGCGGCGAGGGGUUUGAGGGGCUCAGGAGGAGGCUCGAAGAGGAGAAUACAAAUGCUGCCGCAGCCACAGGCUCAGAUGGCCGUCAGGGAGGGAACGUGGCUCCGCGAAGGACGCUGGGAAGGCAGUUAGUUGACCAGUUUAGAGGCGCGUUCUAG